UAGGCUGGAUAUUCAUGUCAAGUCAUGUCCAUGCAAUCUUGCAGAGAUAUCAUUUGUUUUAAUCUACUAUUAGCCAUAACUGUCCUGCAGCCUCAAAUUCAACAUGGAGUGUAAGGCAGUGAGUGUUUGAUGAGUCUCUCUGAGGUGAAAGAGACUGACGAGGCUUCACCUACACCAGGUAAAACGCGCAGAUGGACAAUAGGAUGAGUCUCACUGAAGAAAGAGCACAGGGAGACACUGAUCCCAGCACAGCAACGACGCCAUCAUAUGCCCAGCCGAGUCCUCUGACUAUGGAGAUUAAUGAGGCUAAAGCACAGCUGUCUGAACUGACACAUACUUCAUGCUUUGGUCAGAGGUGAGGAGAAUAAUUAGCUCACUUGCACAUCGAAACCACAGUGGGUGGUGAGUUAAACAACGCUAGUCUGUGUCUAGUUUGUGUUCUUUCCUUUUUGUAUUUGUUGCACAAUAUGUUUUCAAAAUAACACAACUUGCAUUGUUUUUAAAACAUUCUGUCCUGAGCUCAGUCACUCAAAGGCACCUCUACAUAUUCUGAUCUCCCAAAGCAAUCCUUUUAGUGAAUUUUUCAGUCCAAGUCAUGUGUGGCAGUUUUCUAUUUGCAAAAAUUACAACCAAUACACUGGAUGAAUAGAGGACACUGAGAACAUGUUUCUUCAUUUUGAUCUAAAUAAAGGACUAAACUUUAGGCAAUUCUUAUCCUUAAUGUAUUAUUUGUCUCUAUUUUGUAUUUUACUGUCCUUUUUAGUUACAUUGAUUUUUUUUCUUCCUGUUUACAUUGUAGUGUAUGUUGUGUGUGGUGUCUUAAAAUGCUAGGACCUUACAUUUCUCCUUGUGGGUUAAUAAAGUAUCUAUCUGUCUAUAUGUCUAUCUAUCUAUUUGUCUAUCUAUCUAUCUAUCUAUCUAUCUAUCUGUCUGUCUGUCUGUCUGUCUGUCUGCCUGCCUACCUAUCUACCUACCUAUAUACCUACCUACCUACCUACAUGUACCUACCUACCUACUGUACCUACCUACCAAGAAAUUAGGAAUUACGGGGUAGAACAGAAUUUCUGAGUAGUAUAGUGCUUUUGGUUACCUCUUAAAAUCAGUGAAUAUGUUUAAUCAUAUUCCCUUAAUAUGCAGAUAGAAAUAAAUGAAAAAGAGUUUUGAUUCCAAACCUGGAAAACCCCGUGUAGUCUAACUGGUAUUUCGAGUUUAAAAGAGUGGCCAUGUAAGUCAUGUCAGUACCAGUAUGUACAGAGACUAAGACCCCGUUUACAUGACGACGCAGGGUGUUUUUGUCUUCACCGCUUUCACACCUUUGACGAUACCGGUCAAAAAAACAUUUGCGUUUACACACAGAGGUGAAAACGCCAAGUUGCCCAGAAGAAGCAUGCCAGUGGGUGUUCCCAACAGUAGCUAUGCAAAUACCUUUCCUCGUCAUUCAAUGAGCGCGCUCAAAAAAAGCGACUCUAAUCGGAGCUGUCAAGUGUCACAAAACUUUCGCCGGAUGGACUCUCACGCUUGCCAUGUUAUGAAACUUGGCAGCCCUUUAUGUCAAGCACAUCGUGGAUGUUUGCACAACCAUUGAGAGCUAAUACACAGGAUUGCUUUUCAAUUUCUGUCUUGUAAUGUUAUUGUAUAUGCCCCCCUAGAAUAAUAUCGAAUGUCUAUCAGAACUGCCCGCUGUCAAACACCUGAAGCAACCCUGUAUUUCGCAUGCACGGUUAAUAUAGCCUACAUUAUUUACUGAAAUGUAAAGGAGGCCAGCAUUAUUCGCGGACUAAGUGGAGCUAAAUUAAGUUAUUAUUUUGCUGUCACUUCGUCUGUAGGCCUAUGGCCUAGAAGGUUGUAUUUGGUAUCUGUGGAUAGCUCUAGCUCUCCUCUUUUAUCUGACAUGCAAGCCAUAUUUUUUGACCACGGUUUCACGAUAGGCUAAAUCAAACGAAAGUAGCGGUAGUCGAAGCUAUAUGACAUUCUUAUUUGUUUGUCACUUCGUCUGUUUUAUAACGAUAAAGGAUCGAUGUGUUUGGUAUCAAUGGAAAGCUCGGUUUCUCCUCUUUCAUUUGAUAUGCGUGUCAUGUCUGUGCGAUGCCUGGUCCCGGAGUAAUUCAAGUGAGAGUGGCUGCGUGGGUGAACGCAGAGCAAUAUAGACUGUAAAUAUGAUAUACUUUGAUUUAAAUUCAUGAUUUUAUUUUAUUUUCAUACGUGUCUAGUCUCGUUGGAAAGCCCCGGUUUUGCUCUUUCAUGCAAUAUAGGUCUCAUCUCGCUGUGACUAAUAAUAGCGGAGCAAUGUACCAGAGAAGAAUGGGUGUGUUUUUUGACGCACUUUGCGUCCGUCGGGUCCGUUAAAUUGACUUGGAAAAAAGUAGGAUUUGUAAACUGUCGGAAUGGGGGUACUAAAAUGUGUCGGACUGGCAGCAUGUCUAAAUAGCAGCAUGUCGAAAUAGAGGCAUGUCUAAAUGGAAGCAUGUCGUAGUGGUGGCAUGUCUCAGUGGCAGCAUGUAACCCUCCUGCGCAAACAAAAUGUGUGCUCGUAGGCUCUGCAUUAAGUUGAUUACGGCUACGUGUUCAUCAACUCUAGCAGUCUAGCAGGGAAGGUGGUGGAUUUAAAAGUAGCCUAGAGACUAUUUUGGCGCAGGUUAUUGUUAAUGCGUUGUUGCUGGUCGUCGAAAUCAUGCAGAAUUGUAGCAGCACACGGCUCCAGCAUCGUUGUUGUUCUGCCAAGACUGUCUAGUCAGGUGAGGUCAAGCGCGGGGGCUGGACUAGAGGUUCGAGGUGGGGCUAUGUCGUCAUAAAAACCCCAGAUGUGCCUUUACACGGCAAAACGAAAACGGGGUUCUCAAAAACCUCCACCCUAGAAGCAGUUUUCAAAACCCAUCGUUUUCAGCCGCCAAAAUGGCGUCGUCGUGUAAACGAAAGGCCUUACUGAUGAAAAAAAACACAGUUUUUGAAAAAAACGUUGUCGUGUAAACAGCACCUAAAUGGCACCAUCCCAAAACAGAAUGAGUAAUCAUUUUGAAUACUUGUAUAUUAUUGCAGUUUGCCAAACAUAAAACAUCCCAAGUGUAAGCAUACAGUAUAACAGUUUUGCAUUGCCCCACAAUUAUUCUAUGACACAUUCCUCUUCCUAGUGUUACCUAAUAUUCUAAUGCCAUUACAUAUUGUUAACAAGUAGAUCAGUCUCCCCAGUGCCUGCCACCAUGUUCCAGCCCUUUGGCGCUGCAAACUGUAUAUGACCAACAUCAUGAAGCUGAAUAGUUGAUUCUUCCUGGCAAGAAGAAUCAUAUUCAAGUUGAAUCCAUAUCCUCCUAUUGAUCAACUAAAAAUAACAUUUCUGUUCAAUUUUGAUAUACUAUAGGUAAAACUUUACUUGAAGGUGUCUACAUAGAAGUGACAUGACACUGUCAUAACUACAGUAUGACAUGACACUGUCAUAUGACAUGACAACUUCUAGUAAAUUCACUUUGAUUUUUAAUGUCAAGUCAUAAUCGUGGCAACCCAAUCAUUAUCAACUUGUCAUGACAAAAAUCGAAUUAAUGACGUUGUAGCCGUUCAUGAGUUGUUUAUAGCUUUUAUGACAUGUUCAAAAAAGGAUAUGUAGGCUAUACUAUGUUCAUGACAGUGUCAUGUCAUCUUCUAUAGAUACCUUCAAGUCUAGUGUUACUGAAUAUUCUAAUGCCAUUCCAUAUUGUUCACAAGUAGAUCAGUGUCCCCAGUGCCAAGUGUUUUAUCAUUGAAGAGUGAUGAAUCCAUGUGGGAGCCUAACAAUUUCGAUGGAGGGACUGGCAAGAGGUAAGUAUCACAUAAGUGAGUUAUUCUUCAUAUGACAUAUUGACCAGUAAGUGAUAUAUUGCUGUUCAAUGUAUUCCAAUGCUAUUCCAUAUUGUUCAAAUAGUGGCACGCACUCAUGGAAGAAUGAGACAAAUGAACAUGAUUUGCAAUCCUUGCAUCCAUUACUCCGCACGAUUACUAGGUGUAUUGCAUUUAUUAAGCCUGAAGGGUUGAUUCUUCCUGGCAAGAAGAAUAUAUCAUAUUAAAGUUGAGUCCAUACGCAGCGGCUGCACCGUAGGUGCAAGGCCCUAUUGUUUUUGCUCAGAAUUUUAUUAUUAUUAUAGUGGAAUCCUCAUACCGGAAACGUUGUGCCCUUUUUCACAAACUUGGCAUGCACUAAAACUCUUGAAAUUUGGCAGCUACCUGUGGAAUUGAUAACUCUACUAAGAGACAGACCUCUGCCCUAGGGUGUGGCUGAUGGACUCUAUAGCCACCUACCUAGCGCGUUAUCUGUUGUGGUUGACACAUACAUUCACGGAAAUGGCCCAGAUUUGGUGGGCAUAUGUGUUGUAUGAAUCUGAACAAGUUUUACAUUGAAACUAUAUAGUGAAUCUUUGAAGAAUUUGAGUUAUGAUUAUGAUUAUGAUUUUUGCACAUCACAUAUUUUGAAACACUUCUCCUAGACGGUUUAUCUAAAUCAUGUCAUAUAAGCACUAAAAUGAUCUAAAGGGGUUGCCCGAGAGGAAUUAAGGAAUUUUCAAUUUUUUAAGUGUAUUGAAAUGGCGAAGGUUUAAAUUAUGACGUUUUAUUAAGAAACAGGAAGUUGGUGUUAUGGCAGAAAAAAGGUUAUGAAUUGGAUGUAAUUUGGCAGCUACUUGGAAUUUCUUCUGCUAGUCGGAGACAGAGCUCUUGCCUAAGGUGUGGCUUCGGGACUCUAUAGCGCCACCUAGCAGCACGUUAUCUGUUGUGGUUGACACAAACAUUCACGAAAAUGAACCAAAUUUGGUGGACUUGUGUGUUAUUGCUAUGGCUAGUCAGAGACAGAGCUUUGGCCUAGGGUGUGGCGUAGGGACUCUAUAGCGCCACCUAGUGCGUUGUCUGUUGUGGUUGACACAUACUGUACAUUCACGAAAAUGAACCAAAUUUGGUGGGCUUGUGUGUUAUUGCUAUCGCUAGUCAGAGACAGAGCUCUGGCCUAGGGUGUGGCUUAAGGACUCUAUAGCGCCACCUAGCGCAUUGUCUGUUGUGGUUGACACAUACAUUCACGAAAAUGAACCAAAUUUGGUGGACAUGUGUGUUGUAUUAAUCUGAACAACUUUUACAUUUGGUGAAUCUUAAAAUAAUUUGAGUUAUGAAUAUGAUUAUCAUUUUUGCACAUCGUGUAUUUUGAAACACUUCUUCUAGACGGUUUAUCGAAAUUAUGUCAUAUCAGCAGUAAAAUGAUCUUGAGGGGUUGCCCUAGAGGAAUUGCAACCAGAUUUUUUAAUUUCAAAAGUAUAUUGAAAUGGCGAAGAUUUGAAUAAAAGUGUCUUUUAAGAGAGAAAGUGGCCGCAAGCGGCAUUGACGGGCCCAAGCACCUGCGGUCCGUGAUCUAAAUUUGGUGGGCUUGUGUGUUGCUACCUCUAGUCAGAGAGAGUUCUGGCCUAGGGUGUGGCUUAGGGACUCUAUAGUGCCACCUAGCACAUUGUCUGUUGUGGUUGACACAUACAUUCACAAAAAUAAACCAAAUUUGGUGGGCUUGUGUGUUAUUGCUAUCGCUAGUCAGAGACAGAGCUCUGGCCGAGGGUGUGGCUUCCGGACUCUAUAGCGCCACCUAGCAUGUUGUCUGUUGUGGUUGAUACAUUUAUUCAUUAAAAUUAACCAAAUUUGGUGGGCAUGUGUGUUGCUCAUGCAACAGAUUCUGAAAUGUCACAGGUCCGCACCGCAGGUGCUCGGGCCCGCCAUCGCCGCUUGCAGCUAUAUUUGUUAACUGUUAUUAAGCUACCUAUAAUAAGUAUUUGGCUUGAAACAAAAAAAGACAGCAAUGCUGCUUUGCGAUUGUUGGACUUUUAUUUUGACAAGUUUUCGUCGUUUUGUCUUCCGCAUUAUGAAUGUUGAGUCAUGUUUCAUGAAUCAGCCAUGAAUGCUUCAUGUGCAGUUCAUGACAGCUGUUCUGAAUGUGUUAUGAAUGAACCCGUCAAGUAAAGUGUUACCACUAUGGUUGUAUUGAAUGUGAGUUGUAUCAGUCUACAACACCACUACAAAUGACACUGGGAAACCCAUUCUGUUCUAUUUUAUUCACCUGGUUGAACAACUACCAUGUUUAUAUAGCCUAUAUAGUCUAUGGUCUAGGCUAUGGGCCCCCCUGAUAGAGAGCAUGAGCAUGCUGACCUGGAGGUGUGUGAAGAGAAAAACAAUUUUUAAAUAUUUGGAAAAUUUGAAAUAAAUAUGGAGAAUUAUGGUUAAGAAUGAAAUGUGUUGACAUUUUGUCAGACCCCGCCACAGAUUUGGUCCCCCCUAAUGUUGACAUCAUGGCUACGGCCUUGAUGACACUUAAUGACAUAAGUUAAAGCCGUUCAUGAGUUGUUCACCGUUCACGUUCACCACGUUUAUGACAGUGUCAUGUCAUCUUCUGUAGAUACCUUCAAGUCUAGUGUUACUGAAUAUUCUAAUGCCAUUCCAUAUUGUUCACAAGUAGAUCAGUGUCCCCAGUGCCAAGUGUUUUAUCAUUGAAGAGUGAUGAAUCCAUGUGGGAGCCUAACAAUUUCGAUGGAGGGACUGGCAAGAGAUCAGUGUCCCCAGUGCCAAGUGUUUUAUCAUUGAAGAGUGAUGAAUCCAUGUGGGAGCCUAACAAUUUCGAUGGAGGGACUGGCGAGAGGAAAGUAUCACAUAAGGAUUGUGUUAGCGCCGAUGGACAUGUGACUGAAGCAUCAAAGAGUACCCCUGCUCUGUGUUCCAACAGUUCCAGAUCACCUUCACCCCCACACACGGUUCAGCCAGACAACAACUCGUAUUCUGGUUCCAUCAAACAGGGCAAUAUCCUGGAAACAGUGAAGAUGAACCAUAAAGCCACCAUGAAAAAGAGGUUUGAGCAAGUAUGUGAGGGAAAUAUUAAACCAGGAAACAAAACUCCUUUAAACAGGAUAUUUACACCCCUCUAUAUCACUGAGGGGUGGACUGAAAGUCUGAAAGCCCAUGAAGCUCGACAAAUUGAAACAUCAAGAAGACGAACACAAGAUAACAUAAUCAACUGCAAUGAUAUCUUUAAAACAUUGCUUGAAGAGAAAGUGUGUAUCAGAGCAGUGCUAACCACAGGGGUUGCUGGCAUUGGAAAAACUGUGUCUGUGCAGAAAUUCAUUCUUGACUGGGCAGAGGACAAGGCAAAUUGUGAUAUAGAUUUCAUAUUUGUGCUGCCUUUCCGAGAAAUGAACCUAAUCACAAAUGAACAGUACUGUUUUCACCAACUUCUGGUUGAUCUCCAUCCUGCCUUGAAACAGCUAACAGAUAACAAGAUGUAUGAGGAGUGCAAUCUGGUUGUCAUUUUUGAUGGACUGGAUGAAAGCAGAAUUAGAUUGAACUUUACCAGUGAUCAAGCCCUGAAACUCCAUGAUGUUUCUAAGAUAUCUUCAAUUGGCGAUCUGAUCACAAACCUGAUCCUGGGGAAUCUUCUCCCAUCAGCUCACAUAUGGAUCACAUCAAGACCAGCAGCAGCUGGACAGAUCCCUGAUCAGUUCAUCAGUCGUGUGACUGAAGUGCGUGGAUUUACUGACCAACAGAAGGAUGAGUACUUUCGGAAGAAAAUAAGUGAUCAGACUCAGGCCAAGCAAAUCAUCUCACACAUUAAGGCAUCAAGAAGCCUUCAUUUCAUGUGCCACAUACCAGUUGUCAGUUGGAUCUCGUCCAUUGUGCUUCAAGAAGUCUUCCAACACAACAGGGAAGAAAUACCCCAAACUCUUACUGAAAUAUUCACUCAUUUCUUAAUCAUUCAGAUGAACAUGAAGAGCCAAAAAUUUGGGGAAAUGGAAGACGGGGCUCCAAGCAGCAAGGUUCUUGAGGAAAACAAAGAUGUCAUUUUGAAGUUAGCAGAACUAGCAUUCACACAACUGGAGAAAGGAAAUCUGCUGUUUUAUGCAGAGGACCUUGAGGAAUGCGGCAUUGAUGUCACUGAGGCCUCAGUAUACAGUGGUUUGUGUACACUUUUCAGAGAAGAAUUCGUGUUCACGCAAAAAAAGGUCUUCAGUUUUGUUCACCUCUCAAUUCAGGAGUUUCUUGCAGCUCUCUAUGCAUUCUACUCUUAUGUGAACAGAAAUGUCAAAGCUCUGAAAUGUCUCCUCGCUGGUUGGGAGAGACAGCACUUCCUGGAAACACUGCUGAAGGAUGCUGUGGACAAGUCCUUGAAGAGUGAAGAUGGACACUGGGACAUGUUUGUGCGGUUCCUUUUGGGGCUCUCGCUGGAGUCGAACCAGAGACUCCUACAUGGCCUACUGACACACAUAGUGAGCAGCUCAGAGAGCAUCGAGAAAACCAUCAAAUAUACCAAAGAAAUCAUCCGCUACAAAGAUGUCAAAGAAAGAUGCAUGAAUCUCUUGCUUUGCUUGCUGGAAAUGAAAGACAACUCCUUACACAAAGAGAUUCAAGAGUAUCUGGAGUCUGGAAAAGAGCUCUUUCCUUCUCACUGCUCAGUGCUGGCCUAUAUGAUCCUUGUCUCAGAUGAUGUACUCGAUGAACUUGACCUGCAGAAGUACACCAUAACCAGUGAGGGUCGUAGACGGCUACUGGAAGCUGUGGGUCGCUGCAGAAAGGCACGUCUGAUUGGCUGCCAUCUGACAAGGGAACACCUGAAGACAGUGGCCUCAGCUCUUCAGUCAGAAACCUCUCAGCUAAGACAUCUAAAUCUGAGUUACAACGACCUGAAAGAUUUGCCAAAUGAGCUCUUUACUGCCAUUGAGUUUGAACAUUGCAAACUGGAAAGACUUACGCUGAAUUGUUGUGAACUGAAAGAGGACUUCUGUGGCCUCCUAAGCUCUCUGCUCAAGUCAGAACACACUUGCUUAAAAGAGCUCGAUCUGAGCAACAAUGAUCUUCGUGAUGAAGGAGUAGCACAACUCUCAGAUGGGCUUAUGUCUCCAAAAUGUAAAGUUGAAGUUCUUGUGCUCUCAGGUUGUCUUGUGUCAAAAAAGGGUUUUGAAGUUUUAGCCACAGUUCUAGAGGCAAAUACUUCCCACCUCAGAGAGCUGGAUUUGAGCUACAAUCACCCAAGUGAAACUGCAGUGUCAUGCAGAUUCUCUCUGAAACAGAACAAAGGCUAUAAACUGAGAUCACUUAAUGUUCAACAUUGUGGAGAUUUGAGAUUGAAACCAGGUCUGAGAAAAUAUGCCUGUGAGCUCACAAUGGACCCAAACACACCACACAAAGACAUAGCUCUGUCCAAGAAGGACACCAAAGCCAAACGAGGGAUCAUGCGACUGUACCCUCCCCACGAAGAGCGGUUCGAGGUCUUUGAGCAAGUGCUGUGCAGAGAGGGUUUGAGAGGACGCUGCUACUGGGAGGCUGAGUGGAGUCACAAUGGAGCUGCUAUUGCGGUGGCAUACCGAGGCAUCCACAGGAAAGGAAACGUUGGCAGCGAGUUUGGUUCUAAUGAUAAAUCCUGGAGCUUGAAGUGCUGUGAUAAUGUUUACAUUGUUAAGCACAAUGGUAAAAAUAUUGACAUACCAGUGCCACCAUCCAACCGAAACUGUAUAGGUGUGUAUCUGGACUGGCCAGCAGGAACAUUGUCUUUCUACAAAGUCUUUAAUGAAGGACGGGUGCAUUUGCACACAUUUUGUACAACAUUUACUGAGCCUGUGUAUCCAGGGUUUGGGCUUGAAUAUGACUCAUCUGUAUAUCUUUGUGAGAUGAAAUAGUUUUUAUGCUGGUAUGCCAGGCAACCAUUUAUGAGAGUUUGUGUGUAACUUGUAUUACCGUUAUCAUGGGUACUGUGUGUAAUUUCACCAAGGUCUAACCUCUAUUAAACUCUACUGUAGGUCA